GCCUAUUGGGCCACUGAGGAAGCUCCACUCGCGCCCUAUUGGUCGGUCUCGCCGGCUCCUCCAUUCUUUGACUUUACUUUCCACACACGGCUCCGCCCCCUCGGCGAGCGAAGCGCCGCCUUGACUCGCACUGCUCCCCCGCCCGCGGAGGGUCACGUGAUGUUUUCGCCGUGGUGCCGCCGCCGCGGCUGCCUGCCUGUGUGAGGAGCGAGCGAGCGAGCGAGCGGGCGGCCAAGAGCGGGAGAGCCAGGCGCGCUCCGACCGGCUGCGAGUGGGUGGGCGCUUGGUCCGUCCGCCGGUCUGAGGCGGCCCGUCAGGAGGAGUCUCCGCUCACCUCCGGCCACGAGUCCCGGCCCGGAGUCCUGCGGCCACCCAUGUCCAGCCGGGCCUGGGAGCCCCUUCCGUUCUGAAGGCGGCUUUCCCGCCUCGCCCAGCCCAUCGGACCCUGCCCUGGGCCCCUCAAGAUGGCGAGUGGGACGAUCGGUACAGGCGGCGGAGGUCCCUGCCCGGCGCUGGAGGCGAACGACGGGACUGCGACCUCUCAGACCGGCGCCGCCGCCGCUGGAGGAGGAGGCGACAGCCAGGGGGCCAACGCGACCAACCUUGCUGUUGCUGUGACAUCUGAAGAGGAUCAGGAGGUGGCCGAGAGCUCUCCCGGCCCUCCCCCUGCUCAGCCUCCACAUCAUCUGAUGCUCCUGCUGAGGAGGUCCCCCAGUGCUUCCCUCUGCCUGGUCCAAGAAGAAGAGGCUGCCCUGCCUGCUGGCAGUGUUGGGGCAGUGGCUGUGGGGCGAGGUGGACCUGCUUCUGCCGGGCGAGGUGGCCCUUCUGGACGGGGAGUGCCCUCUGCCCCAUCGGUCGGCGCCACUGGAAGUUCGCUGGGAGACGAUGUGAGGAAAUGUGGCUACCUGAGGAAGCAGAAACAUGGCCACAAGCGCUACUUUGUGCUGUGGGAGGAGAGUCACCUGGCCCCAGCCCGGUUGGAAUACUAUGACAGCGAGAAGAAGUUCAAGAGCAGCUUGAGAGCAGCAGUGGGGAACGUGGCCCUGUGCUGCCCACCUCCCAAGCGUGUGAUCCCUCUGUACCAGUGCUUCACGGUCAGCAGGAGGGCAGAUGCCAAGCACAAACACAUCAUUGCCCUAUAUACCAAGGAUGAGUAUUUUGCGAUGGUGGCUGAGAAUGAGGCAGAACAGGAGGGCUGGUAUCAGGCAAUCAGUGAGCUUAUGAGUCAGAGCAAGAGAGGGUUCUUGGAGCAGGAAGACCAGGCUGAUCAGCUGCUAGAUGAUGAUGAUGAGCAUUAUGGAACUGCUCUGAGACCAGGCACUGUCUUCAAGGAAGUCUGGCAAGUCAAUGUGAAGCCCAAGGGGCUAGGGCAGACAAAGAACUUGACUGGGGUGUACAGACUGUGCCUCUCCAGUAAGGCCAUCCACCUUGUCAAACUGAAUUCUGAGGUACCUUCUGUCCGUUUACAGCUGAUGAAUAUCCGUCGGUGUGGGCAUUCGGAAAACUUCUUUUUUAUCGAGGUCGGCAGGUCAGCAUCCAUUGGGCCAGGUGAGCUAUGGAUGCAAGUGGAUGAUUCCGUUGUUGCUCAGAACAUGCAUGAGACCUUUCUGGAGACCAUGAAAGCGUUGAAAGCCUUCUCCGAGUUCAGACCACGCAGCAAGAGCCAGUCAUCUGGUGGUGGUAGCAGCACCAACCCCAUUUCAUUCAUCACUACCAGGAGGCACCUUGGCAACCUGCCACCCAGCCAAACCGGCUUACAAAGACGAUCCAGAACCGAAAGUGUUACUGGUGGGACUCCGCCUACCACUAAGAGCAGUAGUUCCUAUCGAUUCAGAACUUCUAGUGAAGGAGAGGGUACGAUGACAAGACCAUUCAGGUCAGUGACUGGGAGCCUGAUUCAUUUGAAUACUGCACGGAUGAACUUAGGACGGCAAGAAGGGAGUGGGCGAUAUGUUAGAGCAGCGUUUAGCUCUUCUUAUCAUACCAGAUCUGCCUCUCUGCCCAUAUCUCAUUUCCCUUCCACUACUAGCCCCAUCAGCGUUUCUUCGAGUAGCGGCCAUGGGUCUGCUUCAGAUACUCUUGUAAGGCCUUCCAGUUCAUCUGUCUGUGGUUCCCCGAGCGAUGGAGGUUUUAUCUCUUCAGAUGAAUAUGGUUCCAGCCCUGGAGACUUCCGAUACUUUCGUGUGAGGAGUAAUACUCCAGAUUCCUUGGGUAACACGCCACCCAUUAGAGAGGAGAACUGUUUAAGUGAAUACAUGUCCAUGAGCAAACAGCAAUUGGACAAUAGCUCGAGAGAUGAUUCCAGGGAAGCUGAAAAAUGCAUUAGAAAAAGAACUUACUCUUUAACGAAACCUGCUUCUACACCAGCGCAACAGAAAACAGGCCAAACUGCAGCAUCUUUAGACGAAGAUUCUGUUGGAAGUCAUGGACAUGUGCCUUGUUCUGAAUCGCCAAAACUUAAAGAUAGUCCUGAUCCAGAAUAUGGAGAGCUUGCCCUUGAUUCUGUGUAUAAUCAAAACAGGAAUAAAACCAGAGAUGAUGGAUACAUGCCAAUGAUGCCAGGAGUUGCAUCUUCUCUUGCAAGCAACAGUGAUUAUCUGCCAAUGACGCCUAAAACUGCAUCUGUACCAAAACAGAUAAACAAUUGGUCAUCAUCUCAGGCUGACUCCAGAGGGUACAUGAUGAUGUUUCCCAGGGCUGUCUCUUCACCGGUACGAAGUCCUUUAACUGGAUUUAACUCCAAAAGUGGUACUGACAAGCUGGCAAAUAAUGAGUAUAUGGAUAUGUCACCUGGAAAUUCAUCUGCUCCAAAGCCACCAAGUGAUUCAAAUUAUAUGCAUACCAGUGCUAGUUCGAAAGGUUUUGGCUCUUACUUUUCUCUCCCACGAAGCUUUAAGACUUUAGGACAAAAUGGUGAACAUAAUGAAUAUGUACCCAUGUCAUCACCUGGGAAAUUACUGUAUGGUGGCUCUGAAAAUGGUAAAAAUGCCAGUAGUGAAGUUCUGACUAAUGGCCUUUCCAAAUCAACUAUUCUGAAAGCUUCAGAGGAAAGCUUUGGGCAGAACCGGGUUGCCAGACCUACAAGACUUCCACUAGGUACUAGAGGUAGUAACACUAUCCCAAGGAUGUAUGAUCGUAUGAUUCCACUUGAGCCUUCAAGUCCUGGUGAAUAUAUCAAUAUAGACUUUGGUGAAAAAGCAAGUAAUACCCCAUACUCUUUAUCUGCAGAAGGAUCACCAUCAUCUCUUGGCUCCAGUAGUGACCACAGGCAAUCUCCACUGUCCGACUACAUGAGUGUUGAUCUGGAUGUUCAGUCACCAAAAGCAGCAAAGGACCUGUCUAGUUCUUUAACAGAUAUUUCAGUUUAUGCUAGCUCUAGUAUUCCUAGAAAUCAGUCUGAUGCUGAUUACGCCAGGCUCCCGUUUGGCACUGCUUGUGUUAAUGCACCAAGUGGUCGGAUGGAUGACUACACUGAGAUGACCUUCAACAUAGCAGCCACGCCACCUGGACCAUUUGCCACCGAAAGCAAAAACGGCUUGAAGAUGGAUAGUCCUCCUUCCAUAGUCAAUCGAUUGUGCAUUGUUGACCAGUAUGCUGGUAACAGUGACUUCUCUGUUCCCAUUCCUGAACCUCCAGUGGUCCCUAAAGUCAUUCGUGCUGACCCACAAGGAAGGAGGCGGCAUAGCUCUGAAACGUUUUCUUCUGCUGCCACUGUUACCACAGCUUCCUCUUUCUUUACUGACAGUAGUAAAAGGCACAGCUCUGCCUCUUUUGACAAUGUGUGGUUGAAACCUGAAGAGCACAUUUCAGAUGGCCACGAAAGCAAGAUGUCCAGAGAUACUUCAACUGGGUUUCAGAAUGGCUUAAACUAUAUAGCUCUGAAUUUACGAGAGAAUUCUCUAAACUGUGAGGAGAGCCCUAGUACACCCAAUUGCCACCUCUCAAAUGGUACUUUGAAUCUGGAAGGUGGAGUAUAUGUAAGCAUAGACUUCAGCAGAUCAGAUGGCUUGAAGUGCAAUGCUGCAAGAAAAGACUGAUGGCAUUACCAUGGAAACCAUUGUGAGAAGGGCAGGCUUUCCCAGCUGGCGUAUCCAUAACUGUGUGGUGCUUUUGGAAGCGGAGCCCACCUUCAGCCCUCUCUCUUCCUCUCCACCAGCACGAACCUAGAUGCGCAUCAUCCAAAUGAUUUUUCAUCGAGUGGCUGUGAAGUCUGCGGUUGUGCUAAUUUGAAUGGACCCUUGAUCAUAGAUGAGUCACGGCAGAGGUCUCUGUGCCCCCUUUGGCAUCUCUGCCCAGGUGAUGGUGGGCAUGCUGGAGCGAAGAAGAGGACGGCUUCCUGGAACACCUCUGUUCUUUCCCAUCAGUUUCUGUUUUGAGGAGUCAUGGGAUGGUGUCUGAGAAAUCUACCUAAUAUGGGUUUUUGGUGCCCCCCCUCCCCCCAGUACUUGAAAUGAAUUGCUGACAUAUUAUAAAUGUUUUAGAAUUGCUGUGGGGGUUUUUUGGAGGGGGGGAGUUCUAAAAUCCAUUUGGAAGGGAUGAGAAGAGUAGCUUAAGGCUACUGAACCUGUGAUCCUGGGCGUACUUAGCUUGCAGGUUUCCUGAGAAUCAAUUAAGGCUUGCAACCAAUGUUCAGAAUAGUAGAUUCCGACGCAGAGCAGCCUUUCCUGUCCCCUAAUGAGCGAACUGUGGGAGAAUCUUUCUGUCCUCUGCAUUUCUCUCGACCACCCCAUCCCCAGUGCACGUUCUCUUCGGUGCCUGCCUUUUUGCCUUGCGCAUGGUGCAAGAGAAGAUGGCCCGUUUACGUCCUCCCCUGUCCAGGCAGGGGAAAGGAGGGAAAAGCUGCUUAUGUGUCGUCCCCCCCCCCUCCCCACACACACACCAAUCACAGCCACCUUUUUCAGAGAAGCGGUUUCAUUGAACGAUAAGCCGCUUCUUUACAAAUGUCGCCAGGACUGCUCAAAAACAGACAAGGGGGAGCGGGCCGGGAGAGCAGCUUCUUGCUUUUCUCUCCCGAGAAGCUGUCAAGUUAGCAAAAAGUUACAAAUCUGGCAUGAACGCAAGCCCACUAAACCCACUACGAGCCCAGCGGAUUAGUCGGUGCCCACCCUCUUUGGAGCCCAUUUAACUGUGGCUCCCAUCUUCUGGGCUGUAAGACAUGCCCUGGCUGUGGUGAGGCUUCAUGACCGCAGGCCCAAGACAGUGUAAGCUUUGGGGUUCAGGGGGGAAAGACGGUACUUAAGUGAUUCCUUUUUUUAAAAAAAAAUCCCUUUAUGGUACAAGAAAUGACUAGAUCCUCUACCUUCCUCGCUUCAAAAAAAAUCUUGUCUGCUCAAAUCAAAGAUUUGUGAGUGGGAAUAUCUGGAAUAAAUAGAACUGAAGAAUUGGUCGGAUGUGAUUACGAUUAAGUUUUCUGUUAACAUCUCCCUGUGUAAUUAUUUGUUAGUUAUACAUUUUGGAGACGAGGGGAGUUGGUAUUCUUUUUAAGUUCGGAUGGAAAAAUGCAGAAUCUAUAUAUAUCCCCUGCAUUAUAAUGUUGAUAUGCUAGUGAGCUUUUGUAGAGAGAAUCCCUUAAUCUUAAAACUUAACAAUGAAUGCUCUCUUUAAUUUGGAACCACUGUUUUGUCUCUAUUUGAAAUUGGGGAGGGUGGGGGGAGGGAAUAUCCAUGCCUAAAUCAUGUCCUGUAAGUAUUCCUAAUGAGGUGGACGACACUUCCUUGCUAGUGGGUGUUGGAAAUUGAAAAUUGUAGGCAGAAUCCAGGUGCCUCGCUUUGUGGACAGAUGUCAUUAAAGAGCAUGACACUAGUUGGUACAUAUAGUAUAUACUAAUAAUUAGAAGCACUGAUAAUGGAAAGGAUUGAAAGCGGUACGCAAAUCCUCAGGCGCCACGCAGCUGGCCUUCCUCUCCAUUGUAUAUUGUACAGCUGUGGAGCCAGGGUUAGCCUCACCUUCGACCACCUGACCACCUUGAGGUACUAGACAAGUUUGUAUAACAAAUUAGACCCUGCUGUCAGUCUUGAUGUUCAUUACUGUGUACUGAAAUCUAUUUUUUUUUGGUUAGUCUUAAUGUUCACGUCACACAACUUUGUUGGUAACCUUUGGCAAACGUAGUUGGCGUCCAUGAGAUUACGCAGAGCAUGGUAAUCGGCAGGAAGAGGCUGCUGCAGAGUUUAAAAGCACAGAUGAAUUGUUCCUGAAUCUAGAAAAGCCAGGUUUUCAGGCAUACAGUUAACUAGUUGCUGCUAAACAGGUUUUAACUUUAAAAAAAAGAGAGAGAGAGAGAGACCACUUUUCUAGACCACAAAACUGUCUUGCCAUAUACAUUUUGUUCGGACUCUGUAAAUUAACAAUGCAAUAGGUACUGCCUUUAAAAAGAAAGCUUUACGUCUUUUUAUUUGAAAAAAAAUCGGGUGAUAGUUGGAAAGAAUAAUGGGGGGGGGGUCAGUACAUGUUACAUUCUUUACAUAUUAGAUCCUGAGGCUGAGGAGGUACAAUAUACAGCACUGAUUUUGCAAAUGCCGAAUAAAAUAAGCAAAUGGGUAACCUCAACUCUACUGGUACAAAUACUAACAGGCACAGCAUAAGAAAUAUGCAAUUUCUUUGUCUUAGUUUACAGCAACUAACUUAUUCAGUAUUGUGCUGGAAGGCCGUUUCCAACUAUAUAAAACAUAUCAUUCUGUGGGCAAACUUCCAGCACCCGUUGAUGCUGCUGUAUAGUACAGGGAAAACACACACACACACACACACACAAGGAUGGAACAAUGUUUGUCCUGUAAAUUUAAUUUGAUAUUUGGACAGUUACUGUCUGUACAAAUGAAAACAUAUAUGGUUGAAACUGUUCAUUAUAUUUGCUAUUUCUGCUUCACUGAUCUGUUUAAAAGUUUUGAGCUGACUGAUCCGGCUGUGUCUUCCAUUGUAAAUAUUGUUACAUUGUUUUUUCAUGGUAAACCGCAGCACAUUUGCGACUUGGGGAAACUGGCUUGAAGCUCUGUAUAGUGUUUAUAUUUAUCUCGAUUGGCUUUCCAUAGAGCUACUUGCAGUAAAUGUGUUCAUGAUA